GUGCGGUGGAUCAGCUGGCGUAUCGUAACAGAGCGGCCUCAUUAUUUAUUGAGAAGAACAUGGCGGAGUUCUCCCCGGUCCUGCCGCCGCGGGAUGGACGCGGUCGGUUCGGACAACCUGUCUUUCCCAGAUCACGGGCUGGCUCAGAAUCAGAGAGCGAGCUGUCGCAAAGCUUGGCCCGCACAAAGACACGGUCCUAUGGAAGCACGGCCAGCGUUACAGCCACUUUAGGAGAGAAGUACAUAGAGCACCGAAUGACAGACAGCGACACGCUGCAAGGAAUAUCACUCAAAUACGGCGUAACGAUGGAACAAAUAAAAAGAGCAAACAAACUAUUCAGCAAUGACUGUAUAUUCUUGCGGAACAUUCUGAACAUUCCUGUGGUCUCAGAGAAGGCCACACCCUUCAAUGGAUUGAACAGUCUAGAGUCCCUAGAGAGUGAGGCUAGCUAUGGCUGCAUGCCCCAGGAGGGACCCCAGGUGACUUUGGACGCAGAUGGCACCUCUUCCUCCUCCUCUUUUCCUUCCCCCAGUCCCCAGGAAAUCAAAACCCACCCACUCCAGCCCAAGGAGCUUUCUGCCAAGGACUUUUUACACAGACUGGAUUUACAGAUUAAACUCUCAAAGCAAGCAGCCAGGAAACUGAAAGAAGAGGAUAUCAGGGACGGCAAAGAGGAGGACUCACACCCAGUGUCAUCAUACCAGGAGAUAUGACAGAAAGGUUCAGGUUCCAGAAGGAGUGAUGUUACCCACCCAGACACUUUAUCACCGUUGUGUGCUUUUUGUAAAUUCUUGCUUUCACAAAACAAUGGAGAGAACUCUAUGUCCUUGUGUUUGCGCUGAUGCGCUGAGGGGGGUCAUUACAUGCAUUAUUAUCACAGAUUUACUGGUUUUAUGACGAUGCUCUAAGGAAUGGGAAUUUAGGCACCCACAGCCUGGCAUUCACACUACAGGUUUCUCAAGCCAGAAUGCUAAUGACCCCCACGAUAUCUGUCAUUUCUUGUGAAAAGUCCAGUUGGAAAGCAGCUCAUUAGUAAUGCAGAGCCACCCCAUCAUGGAUGCUUGUCCAGAUCUCUUUAAACCAAUGAAGCUCUCAGAGGGGGGGAAGUGGCUAAAUGGCUUUGGCUGAGGCAGCAAUUCAUUUUUAUUAAUUUAUUAAGUUUUCAGGCAGGGAGGGGAAGCCUCCCAACCAUCGACCCCUCAGGGACUGGAUCAUUUGUGUUUCUUGAAGGAUUUUCAUUGAACACAGUCCUAUUUAAAGUA